AAGUACAUUUAGUUAUUAUUACACUUUCAGAUGAUGAUGGUCUCAAAAAAGAUUUUUUUUACCUGCCCAAUAAACUUCAGUUCACUGCAGUGAGAUUGUUGCUGGAAGAACGUCAGUAUCCUGAUACUAGUCAGAAUAAGGGAGAUUGCAGUACUUGGAUAAAGAAAAGAAAACGGAUUUAGAUUUCAGAAAACUUUUAUAACUUCUUUCAUUUGUAUUGGGACAAUGGUAAAUUGUGUUUUAUUGCAGUAGAAGAUAUAUUUUCUAAAAGAAGAGACAAAAAUACCUAAAACAAAUUAAAUUAAACUAAAUAAUACAUAUUAUUAAUUCAAAAAUAUAGAAGAACAUUUCUAAAAACUUUAAACUUAAUAAUAUAACCUAGACUAUUUUAAUAGUCAUAGAUUUGAUUAAACAAUAUGAUUAACAAUUUUACUUCGCGAAAAAAAUAUAAAAAAUUACAGUUUCUAAUCAUAUUUACAAGAAAAAGGUCGUAAUAUUAUUAGAAUAAAGUCGUGUAAUUUUUACCUAAAACGUCAUAAUAUUAAUAUUAAAGAGGACAUGUAAUAUUUCUACAGUAAAGAAAAAGUCUUUGUGAAUAAUGUCCUAGGUAAUGCCUAAUACUACUACUAAUAAACUAAUAAUAACAAUAAUGCACCAUGACAGUAAAAGAGUGGCUGUAUCAGCGGACAUGCGCAGUGGCUCGCUGCCUGCCCGCUGUGGUUCCGUCGGGCAGCUGGUUCUCACUCAGCGGCAGUGCGCGUCUGACGUUGCGGGAGAAAGAUGUGCGACCUCGGGACCGUUGACUGUCGGACAGUCCGCUGCGGGGAGCGAGAGAGGAGUCAGCAGGACUUGACAGACAGCACUGGAGAAUAUGUGAAGUUCUCCAAAGAAAAGUUCUGGUUGGAGCCGCCGUCGGACAAACUGAGGAAGCAGCUGGAGGAGGAGCUGAAGCUGAGCGGCACCAACCUGAAGAGCCACGCCUGGUACCACGGACGGGUCCCCUGGGAGGUGUCCGAGAGUCUGGUGGUGAACCAUGGCGACUUCCUCAUCAGAGACUCUCAGUCCAGUCAGGGCGACUUCGUCCUCACGGUCCGCUGUGAGCAGAAGACGCUUCACUUCGUCAUCAGGAGGUCGGUGGUUCAGUCCUCGGAGACGUACACUCGGGUCCAGUACAGCCUGGAGGGUGAGGCCUUCGACUCUCUACCGGCUCUCGUUCACUUCUACGUGGGGAGCAGGGCGGCUCUGACCCGGUGGAGCGGAGCUCAGAUUCACCGGCCCGUGAACAGGACGCUGCCUCUCAGCUACCUGGAGAUGGCGUUCUGCACCGCCGUCAGCCCGCCGUCCUGCCACAGAGGGCUGAAGAACGGGAGCGUAGGCGGCCAGGAGAAGGUCUGCCCGAGGAGUCCUUCCUCUCUCCACCACAGGGAGGUAGAUGUAAACAGGGAGCAGGACAACCGGCCUCCGCUGACCGCUGGAGAAUCCUCUCUCUCUACUGUGUACAACAACACCUCAGAGUCCAGGAGCCCCGGAAGCAGCCGAGCAGCCAGCGUGGCUCCAUCCCCGUCCCUCUCCAGGCGCUUGUAUCCCGCCUCUCCAAACGGCACCCUCCGCCAACGGUGUACCGAGGGACCCCGACCUCAUCGGAACCGGGACUUGCCGUCCUCUGAUGACCUUGGAAGCUGCUACACGGAGCUGUACCCCCAGAGCUACGUGGAGAGGCUGCGGGUGGAGGACGGGUCGGCGGGCAUCGAUCCGCUGAGGGUGGAGGACGGGAACGUGUACCUGUCGCCGGUGGUGGAGACGGUCUCUUCUUUCAAACCGAGCAGGUACCAGUCGGCGCUGAUGCUCACGGAGAACAAACCUUUGGAGGAGGGCGUCCUGCGGCGCGUGAAGGAGCUGCUGGCCGAGGUCGACCCCAGGACGGCUGCCAAACAUAUCACCAAGGCCGACUGCAUGGUGGCCAGAAUUGUGGAGGUAACUCCGGAGGCGCAAAGGAUGAUGGGAGUCAGUUCUGGGAUGGAGCUGCUCACGUUGCCACAUGGCCAACAGCUGAGACUGGACCUGCUGGAGAGGUUCCACACCAUGGCGACCAUGUUGGCUGUGGAUGUGUUGGGCUGCACGGGGACGACGGAGGAGAGGGCCGGCCUGCUGCACAAGAUCAUUCAAAUCGCAGCGGAGCUCAAGGGCACCACGGGCGACAUGUUCGGCUUUGCCGCCGUCAUGAGAGCGUUAGAGCUGCCGCAGGUGAGCAUGCAGCGUACACACUGGAGUUCAUUGAUAGAGACAGACAGGAAACAUGGGGGGGGGGAGAGAGAGAGAGAGAGAGAGAGAUAGAAUAGAGAGAGAGAGAGGUAUAUAUCACACAUGGCUUACCUUUAUAACAGUAGAGGAAGAAACCCCUAACCCUCCUUUUUCAAGUUCUCCUCUUUUACAAAAUCACAUCAAUGCAUCCCCUGUGACUGGAUUGAUCUUUAAUAUAUGUCAGCAUUUAUUCUGCUUCCUCAGCCCUCUCUGCCCUGUUACAUUUCAUGUAAUUAUAUUACUUUGUUUUGUUUAUUCCAUGUCUGAAUAAACACCUUAUUUUAGGGAUGACACUACAGGCGAAAAAUAUAUUUUAUGCACUGAUCAUUUAUGAUGUUUUGGUCUAUUUUUCUUCCAUAACAUGUGUUCUGUCAGACGAGUGGACAUAAUAAUGUUCUCUAAAUGAGUUUGUUCUCAGACUCUGAUCCAGAAAUCUCCACUUCAGCAGCUCUUACAUUCA